AUGGAGUCCCUUCCAUCCACCACUACCCCCUCCCCUCCAAGCUCCCCUCCAGCUUCUUUGUUGGUUGAGACCAUUGACUACCGCAACAACACUACUGCAGAGUCUGUCGUCCAGGAGCCUACUCAAGAGCUUCUUGGACCAGCCUCACCUUCUAGCAGUGACGGUAGCAAUCGCACCAUCACCCAGCGAGACGUUGCGCUUCCUGCUUCCCCUUCAGCGUCCUCUGAUCACACCAUCACUCGUGGUGAUCUUGCUGGACCUGCGCACCAGAGCAGCCAGCCACCUCAGAACCCUCCCACCUUUCCUGCGAUCACUGAUCACAUUGCGACCAACGCUGCUCUCGACAACCUCGAGCCACAGUACCAAUACGGAGUUGGUAGCUUCCCUCACAUCCACCUGCAAAUCGGUCGAGAGCUGAGGGCCAAACCAAAGACCAUGGAUCCAGCCCCUCCUGCGCGUGUCGUUCAGCGCAACGACUCACCAGUCAACUGGCCCAUCCCGAACGGCGACCCCAACGACAAGCGCGUCGCCAGCAAGGGACGCACCCCCUGCCUUGGCCCCCGCGUUGUCACCUACAACAACAUCAAGGAGGGCACCAAGGAGGUCGUUGAGACCCCCACCACCGCCACGGCCGCCGCUGGUGCCACCCCGGCUGCCCCUCCUUCUGCGCCUGCCAAGGUCCCGGGCGUCAGCGGCACGGAGGGCCUCGCCGGCCUGGGCGACGAGCUCGAGGCCCUCGUGCUCACCAAGGUCGAGUACGCCGGCAAGUUCCGCGUCUUCCGCGAGCGCUGGAACAAGGUGCUGGGCGAGCUGGCCGCCAAAGCCAAGCAGGUGGAGGGCGCCAGGUUCACCACCGCCGCCGAGCUGCGUCCCUUGGUCGGCGCCGUCGGCGUCAUGUUCGCGGUCGGCAAGGCCGUCGAUUGUGCUGCCUUUCCUGGCGUGAACGUCGGACAAUUCGUUGAGAAGGACUGUAGCCCCGAGGUCUACCUCUCGUCGCUCUUCCCGGAGCUCAACGCCUCGGCGGGUACGGGCGGCGUCGUCCUGCCCCAGCAGUGGGACUUCUCCCUCGACGCCGUCAUGGCCUCGGAGAGGCGUGGCCUGCUGCGAGAGGUCUGGGCUGCUGCCGCGGCCGGCCAAUGGGAGGCGGUGGAGGAGAAGACCAGCAGCACGCUGGCAAAGGCGGAGGAGCUGGCGGAGGCGGAGUAG